AUUUUAUUAGGUAGUGAACCUGAUAGCUAUUUAGGCAAAUAUCUUCCAUCCUAUUAUAAGGGAAAUUCAAUUGAAAGUAUCCAUCAGCAAAAUCAAUCACAGCAAUAUGAAAUAACAUGUGAUAAAACUAUAGUGCCUGAUUUAUCCAAUAUACCCCCGUAUGGAGCUGCUAAUAGUUCUAAUAGCCAUAUGUCUUAUACAAACGCUUCUGUAAACAUCCAUGAUAAGACAGUCACUGAUGAUUUAGAAGAUAAUAUAAUUCAACAACCUAUUCUACAAUAUAAAGAAAAAGUUCAAUCCUUGCAUGCAUAUAAAGCAAACCCUGAAGACCCGAAUGAAUUAAGCUUUAACAAAGGUGAAGUAUUAGAGAUUGCUGAAAGAAACGGUAAUUGGUGGCAAGCCCGUAAAGCAGAUGGCACAGUGGGUAUCAUUCCUAGCAACUAUGUAAGUUAUUAG